ACACGUGUAAUAAGGAUUCAUAACAAAGAUCUGUGACUUGUCAAAAAUCCUGGCAGUGGAGUUGCAUCAGAUUUAAGAAUUUUGAAGCAAAACUACACUGACGUGUGUAAUGUGCUUUGUGCAAGCCUUUGUGAUACAGUACCCGAGCUUCCCGAAGGUCAAUUUUUAAUAAUUCAAGAUGUUUCAACCGCGGAGAAGAGGGAUGGGACGGCAGCAAGGUCUCGGUCUCCUGCUUCUAUUCCAUCAGCUUUAUCGGGUUGGAUUCAAUAGAAUCCCUCCUGUUACCAUGGCAACGAUUGCUGCAAAUGUCCUCAUAUUCCUCCGUGUUCUCAAUCCAUAUAUCAAGUCUGCCAUUAGGUCACCAUCCAUCAGCAACAUCUGCGUCAGCUCCGCCCACGUCUGGUACAAGGGGGAUUGGCCCCGCCUCUUUCUUGCAGCGUGGUUCCACCUCGAUGACUGGCAUCUCUACUACAACAUGGUGUCCUUCAUCUGGAAGGGUAUCACCCUAGAGAGGAAGUUCGGCUCUCCGUACUUCGCGUACCUCAUCGUGAUGUUCUGUGUCCUGACCAACGGUCUCUUAGUGGCGCUCAACGUGGGGAUAGCGGAACUUCUGGAGGAUAGCUCCCACAUCGUCUCCUGUGCUGCUGGCUUCUCAGGAGUGCUCUUUGCUCUCAAAGUCCUAACAACGUACUACACACCUGUCCAAAACCAGAGGAUCAUGGGAAUGUUCAGUGUACCUUCUCGCUGGGCAUGCUGGGUUGAAUUGAUAUUGAUCCAACUCAUUGUUCCAAGGGCCUCCUUCACAGGUCAUCUGGCUGGUAUUCUGGUUGGCAUGGCGUAUGUGAAAGGGCCCCUUAAGAUUCUUAUGGAUGCCCUCUGGAGUCUGUUCGCAUCAGUCCUCUCUGGUGAUGCAGGCCAGGGACCGCGGUACCAGCCUAGGACAGCCGCUACCGGUCUCAGGGACGAGGCUCCAACCUCAAGAUCAAACCAAUCCUAUGCUGGGCGUGGCUAUUCCACGGGAUCUGGGUCAGGUGCAGCCCGGUCCAGACCAAGCCCUACUGAUUACCCCUAUGACAGUAGCACGGGAUCCAGCUCCGGGGGUACAGGUGCUUCACCCACGCUGCCCAAUUACCAGCCAGACGAUUAUACCGGUGGUUUGAGUGAAGAGGAACAGAUGAGAACUGCAAUGAGGCAGAGUAUGAAUAAUGGCUCGUCAGGAUAUCCCAGUCCACCAGAGGGAGGCAGAGCAAUGCCUUCUGCCCCACCCUCAGAAGACCACACACCCCACCUCUACCCUGAUCUGUCCAGAGACAAUGCUGCCCCGCCCCCACCCAACCGCCAGAACGGGAUGCAUGCGUCUGGCAUUUCGGCUGAAGAGCUCAGGAGGCGACGCCUUGACAGGCUCGAUAGAUGAGAUCGGGGAGCCUUUCAUGAACCGUCUUGUUGGUGAUUUUCCCUUACUACUGUGAUAAUCUGAAAUCCCUGCAUCUGAUUGGCUGAGAACAAACUGGCUGCUCCAUGAAACACUCCACAGAGACACCUCAACAAGUUCAACAGACGAGAACAGAGGAACCUUUUAUGAACCAAUUGUCGUUUUCCCUGACUACUUUGAUAAGCUAUUCACCAAAAUCGUUGCAUCUGACUCCGAACAAAUUAGAUGCUUAAUGAAACGCUCUGCAUAGACUCAUCAACAAGUUCCACAGAUGAGUAUAGGGGAGAGUUUCAUGGAACAAAUAACCAGUGAUUCUCCCUGACUACUGUUAUAAGCUACUAAAAUUCUUGUAUCCGAUUGGCUCAGAAGUCAUUAGAUGCUUAAUGAAACACUCCGCAGAGAACAAGUUCUACAGAUGAGAAUAGGGGAGAGUGUCAUGAAACAAAUAAUCAGUGAUUUUCCCUGACUAUUGUGAUAAUUUACUGAAAUUCUUGCCUCCGAUAGGCUUAGAAGUCAUUAAAUGCUUAAUGAAACACUCCGCAGAGACACUUAACAAGUUCUACAGAUAAGAACCGGAGAGCAUUUCAUAAAACAGAUACCGGUAAUCAGUGAUUUUUCCAUGACUACUGUGAGAGGCUACUGAAUUCCUUGCUACAUGUAUCUGAUUGGCUCAGUAGAGAUUAGAUUCUUCAUUGAACACUCCACAGGGAUGCCUUGACAAGUUCUACAGAUGAGAAUCGGGGGAGCAUUUCAUAAACAAAUAAUCAGUGAUUUUUACUGACCACUGUUAUAAGCUACUGAGAUCCUUGCAUCUCAUUUGCUCAGAACAAGCUGGCGCCUUCAUGAAACGCUUCCAAGAAAUGCCCCGAUAAAAUCAAAUGAUUUUGAUGCUGGAAUCCAUUUGUCAUUUUGUGUAGUCAACAUUCAAUUGCUACGCUUUGUGUUACGUGCACUGGAUCCUGUAGCACGAGUAUUUGCAAUGAAUCGCAGAUUAUCAGUCAUUGAUCCUGAUUGGUUGUUAUAGCAGAGAAUUUUCAAAUCCCUGUAUGUGAAAAGUUGAACAAUAUGUGCAUGCAACUGCAACUUCCAUUGGCCAGUGUAUUGUUUGGUGAUGGACAGCAACUCUUGUCUUUACAAAGCCUCGAUCAUUUUUAAUAUGAUUAUUUAUAUCUUGGAGCUGACUUUUAUAAGGACCAUUUUCUGUUACUUGUAUUUUGGGCACAUCGUGGUAUAGUGGUUUGGACUCUCAUCUUUUGUUCAGAGGGUUGUGGGUUUGAAUCCCAGCCAUGGCAUGUUUUUACUCACAUUGUGCUGCACUCAACCCAGGUAUUAUGAUUGGGGUACCUGGCAUGAUUAAUUCCUUGAUUGCACUGUGCACUGGAAGGCAGCUCGUGCUAAAGCUGGGGAAAUAAAAUUGUGCAAAUAGAUUAUUUCUAGAUAGAUGCCACAAUAUAUAUAAAAGUCUAGUUAGUUAUUUAGGAAACACUAAGUACCACUUGUAUAUAUUUAAGAUAUGAAUAUCACAGCUAUCUUAUGAAUGUGUGACUUGAGAUGGCUUAUAUGAGCAGCGGCCAGUAGAAUCAAUUGUAUUUCUGCUUUUCUCUUUAAAACUUAUGUAUUGCAGAUUGGACCCUAUAUAAUGGUUUGCAUAUUACUAUAAAAAAAAUAUUCAAAAUACAAAAAAAAACAACUCAAAACAUUCUUUGCAUUUUUUAUAAUUCAAUUGGAUUUAUUUUCGUUUAAAACGAAUAACAAUACAUAUAAGAUGAUACAUGUGAAAUUGACAAAUGAAAACAAGAGAAUGGGCCAACUCGGCAGCAUCAAUCAUGGUGCUGCUGGUCUACCAAGGGGUCCUCAUUUGCAGCUACAUUACACAUGUACGUGCAUAUCAUUUAUUGUUACACAUUGCCAUCUUCAUCAUCGAUCCAAAGUUUGACAUGGAGAUCCGGCUUUUCUUCCCUGCAAAUGGGGUGGCCGGAUUCAGCUCACACUCGUCCUUACCACCUCCCUUCACUUUGCCUGAUUCAGUUUAUCCUCUAUCCUCAACCCAACCCUUCAACUCCCCUUCUCCAUGUCACAAUCAUUUCUUUUUUAAUCAAAUUAUAUGACUAGAAUGUAUUUUUCUAACACAUUCACACAUGGGUACCAAUAAUGCCUAAAGUGUUUCCAUUUAAAAAUGUUCAUUCAUUGCCUUUCUCAAGGAUGUAUUGUUUUUAGCGAUUGAAUCUAAAUCUGUAUAUUACACCGACUAACUCUGCUUUUAUUUUUUUAAUAUCUUUUUUAAUUCUGUGGCGGAGUAUUUAUACUGAUUACAUCAUUUUGAUAUUUCAUUUUCAUUUUGACAUUUCAAUAGUGUCCUUACUCAGGUUUUAUGUUACUUGAAUUUAUGUUAACAAAAUCAUCAUUGGCUCACGUACACAUACUUCUGUUGCAACUGAGACCUUCUUAACUUUCUCAGUAUUUUAUGAUGAUU